AUGGCGAGAAAUCUGACGAACCGAUUGGAAUCUCGAUUUUUGAUUCGUUUCCUUCAGUCUCCGACUCUGUUCACGAGUUCUAGAUCCAUUCAAACCCUAGCUUACGAAGAAGUCAAAACCUCCGGAGAUCGGAAGUCCGAAUCUACAGCUCUCAUCCUUCACGGCCUCCUCGGCUCCGGCCGAAACUGGCGAUCAUUUUCUCGCUCCCUCGCAUCGUCUCUCUCCGUAUCAUCUCCCUCUGAUUGGAAGAUGAUACUGGUUGAUCUGAGGAACCACGGGAGAUCGGCGGAGGUUGAAGGAAUCUCUCCGCCUCAUGAUCUCGUGAAUUCCGCCAAGGAUUUAGCUGAUUUGGUCAAGGCAAGCGGCUGGAAUUGGCCUGAUGUGGUCAUUGGUCACUCCUUGGGAGGCAAAGUGGCUUUGCAGUUCAUGGAGAGCUGUGCCCGUGGUGAUUAUGGUGAUUCCACUAUUCCUCCUAAACAGCUAUGGGUGCUAGACUCUGUCCCUGGAGAAGUCAAAGCAGAACAAAGUGAUGGCGAAGUAGAGAAAGUUCUUCAGACGUUGCAGAGUUUGCCUUCACCAAUACCUUCCCGCAAGUGGCUCGUGGAUCAUAUGGUCGAGCUUGGGUUUUCAAGAUCCUUAUCUGAGUGGAUUGGGAGCAAUCUCAAGAGAUCCGGAGACUCAGAGACAUGGGCCUUUAACCUUGAUGGAGCUGUCCAAAUGUUCAACUCUUACAGGGAGACUUCGUACUGGUCUUUGCUAGAGAAUCCGCCUAAAGAGACGGAGAUUUCUUUUGUGAUUGCUGAGAAGAGUGACCGAUGGGACCGAGAUACAACCAAGCGGCUUGAAACGAUUGCUAGCCAGAGACGGAAUGUCUCAGAAGGGAAGGUUGCGACUCAUCUUCUCCGUAACUCUGGCCAUUGGGUCCACACAGACAAUCCAAAGGGACUUCUUGAGAUUGUGAGCCCCAAUUUCUUGUCCACACACAAGUAG